UCCUAAUUUCUAUCACAUGUCACCGCAUUUUUCUGCCAACAUGGGGUACAUAAGUCUUAACAUAACCCAAAAUUUUAAAGGAAAAUAAAUGCAUUGCAAAUUCAACUUUCAAAUAGCACUGGGAGGAGGGGGAAACGACGUGGGGAGCACAAUUCAAAAUGAAACUUCUGAGAAGGUCAACGGCCAACUGCCACCUCCCAAAAACCAACGGUCAUACCUAAGACAAGCAGCGGAUACCCUUACUUAUCAAUUCCCUCCAACCAAAUUACAGAACCAAAAACUUAACCAAUAACAAGAAACAUGGAACAUCAAUUCCCGGUAUUUGCGUUAUGAUUUUUGCUUAAUCAGCUAAACCUAUCUCAUAUUCACAAAAACAAUAAAGAUUAAAAAAAAAAAAAUUUGCCUUGGUGGCCUGGCCAAUCAGACCUGAUCAUGGAGAACAACCUCAACUGUGAAAAGUCCGGUAGCUUCUCGAGAAUUGGCAAACGAAGGAGCAAAAGUAUAUCAGAGACCUUUAGUUUCAAAUUAGACGGUCUGGAGCCAAAGGGAUGUGAUGAGAAUCAAAAUCCUGAUGAGUUGUCCUUGGAACCUGGUUUGAACCUUGAUCAGAUCCUGGAAAAGGUUGAUCAAUUCAUCGAAAAGUCAGCUUCGGGUGAAGAUAAAUGGAAAGCCCCCGAAAUUCCAAAUUGUAUGGAGCCAUUAUUGGAGAUGGUUGAGUACAGGAUUGCAAUAUAUGAACAGAGGGAAGCGUCAGCGAAGUUUGGCCAAAACCUGGAGGAAGACACCUCAUUUUUUGAAGCUGUAAGACGCGUUUCGAUGAUCAUAAAUAAUCUUGAUGAAUUCCCAUUGGAUUCGAGUGCAACUGCUUGCCUUAAUCGAGCAGGCUCUGUUCACCAUCGUGCCUUGUUGUUAUCGGAAUACGAGUUCCGUUCUCUUCUGGACAAUUCCAAACGCAUCGGAAAUAUAAAUAUAGAUUUGAGAACUCCAAAGACUCCCAAGCAAUCUUUCUUCAACUCCAAUCAAGAGACAGAUCGAAGCAUCCGACCCGAAAACGACCACAAAACAGAGGACGAGUUUCCAUCUUUUUCACCUGAAUCAAUCGCCACCAUGAACCAAAUCGCCACCGCAAUGAUCUGUGCAGGGUACGAGGCAGAAUGUUGCAUUGUUUAUAGUGUUCUUAGGCUAAAAGCAUUGGAUAUCGAGUUGAACAAGCAAGGCUUCGAGAAUAUCAAUAUGGACGAUAUUCAAAGGAUGAAUUGGGAAUCACUGGAAGGAGAGAUCGGUAAUUGGAUUCACAUUGUCAAGCAUUGCACCACGAAUCUCUUUUCAGCUGAAGGCAAGCUUUGCAAUUCUGUAUUUUCGGAACAUCCUUUAAUCGCUCGGAGACUGUUUUGCGAUCUCGCAACAUCCUUGACAGUAAGGCUUCUUAAUUUUCCAAAUGCUCUGGUGUUGACCAAACGAUACUCGACAGAGAAGCUAUUCAAGUUUUUAGAUAUAUACGAGUCAUUGCGUGAUUUGAUUCUGGGUAUUGGUAAUGACUCGUCGGCGCAGGAUUUGAUAUUCGAGACAUCUGUGGCACAAUGCAGGAUUGGUGAAGCCGCAGUGAGCAUUUUCUGUCAGCUUGAGAAUUCAAUCAAGAGUGAUAAUGGCAGAAUCCCAAUGGCAUGUGGAGCUGUUCACCCCUUGACUCGCUAUACAAUGAAUUAUCUAAAAUACGCUUGUGAGUAUAAGGACACACUAGAGCAAGUAUUUCAACAGCACUACGACUUGCAGGGAUCCACCAGGCAGAAUGUUCAGGAGCAGGAGUCUAAGAACUCCAUUGAAAACGAUGAUUGGAGCCCCAAAACCUCCCCUUUUUCUGUGAAAUUAAUGAUGGUCAUGGAUUUGUUAGAUGCCAACAUUGACAUGAAAUCAAAGCUGUAUAGGGACCCAGCAUUGCGUUACAUUUUCUUAAUGAAUAAUGGGAGGUAUAUUUUGCAGAAGAUCAAGGGGUCCAAGGAAAUCUAUGAAAUGAUGGGUCAUUCUUGGUCGCGGAAACGAACUUCAGAUUUAAGGCAGUACCAUAAGAAUUAUCAAAGGGAAACAUGGAGCAAGGUAUUGCAGUGCAUAAACCAUGAGGGUUUGCAAAUGAAUGGGAAGGUGUCAAAGGCUAUAUUGAAAGAAAGGUUCAAGAGCUUCAACACUUUGUUUGAUGAAAUCCUCAAGACGCAGAGCACUUGGGUGGUAAGCGACGAACAGCUUCAGUCAGAGCUUAGAGUUUCUAUAUCUGCCGUGGUGAUUCCGGCAUACAGAUCCUUUCUGGGGAGAUUCAAGUCAUAUCUUGAUUACAGUAGACAAGCAGAGAAAUAUAUAAAGUAUCAACCAGAAGAUAUUGAGGGGUUGAUUGAUCAACUAUUUGAUGGAAACACGACAUCAAUGGGUAGGAGGAGACCAUAA